GUAGCUCGGUGUCGUUGCUCGGUUCAAGUCGCACAGGAAAAAGUCGCAGGUCUUUACACUCCUCGGUCUUCACACGAGGAGGCUGAACGCUUCCGCAGACGCUUCCGCGUUAGCGCACACACCUCAAACAAAUACACAGUCUAGAGUGAAAAAAAGCUGUGGUCGCUUUUAAUUAGCACAACCACCAACCAAUCGCAGGCCAAUGGCUCAAAUCGAAACUAACACUUCGCACUUAAGUGCAGGAAAGGAGUUUAAGCUAAAGGGCAGUUAUUAUAAUGACCAGUAAGUGCAAUCAAAAAUAUAAACCACAACGAAAAAGCAGAAUAGAAAUAGGUAGGAAACGAACUAUUCUUUCCUAGCAGCAAGGAAUUAAUUUAAACAACAGAGCUAAGAAUGAGUAUUAAAACACUUACGCACUGCCGUCUGUCUCUUCUGGUGACUAAUCGCCUUCUCCCGAUCACAACGGAAUACCAUAACCAAUAUGCAAGAUCAAGUGCUAUGGGGUGAAAUUGAUAGACUAAAUGAUUCCAUGGAUGUUACCAGUGAGAGUGACACAGAGCUAGCUUUGUCUCUGGAGAAAAAGCUGUCUGAGUGGGCAAUGAAGUUCAACAUCUCCUUGACAUCUCUCACUCAUUUGCUUAAGAUUUUGAGGGAACAUGAUAUUGAUGAUCCAGCACACGGAAGAACACUGCUGAAAACACCUCGUUCUGGCAGUUUGACAAUAACUGAAAAAUCAGGUGGCAAAUACACAUAUUUUGGAAUAAAGGAAGGUAUUAAGCCAACUCCGUCUGAGCAAGACACUUACGACCACUUUGAGAUUUCUUUGAAUAUUGAUGGGUUACCCAUUUUCAAGUCCAAAAACCUCACAAUAUGGCCACUUCAGUGUGCUGUCAUCAACAUUGAUGAAGUGAAGAGCAGUCCUUUUGUUGUUGCUCUGUAUUCUGGAGCAAAGAAACCAGAUGAUUUGGAGUUUUUGAGGGAUUUUAUGGAGGAGCUGCAAGAACUGAUGGACACAGGUUUUAAAGGGAAGAGAAUUAUCCUCAAAAACAUCAUAUGUGAUGCACCAGCACGAGCCCUCAUCAAAGGAAUAGUUCAGUUUAAUGGCCGCUAUGGCUGUGACUUCUGUGAUGUAAAAGGAGUUCACGAGAGCAAAAUGCAUUUUUUGUAUAAAGGAAAUCUCAGAACCAAUGAGUCAUUUAGACAGAAGACAAAUCCUGAACAUCACAAAAUUACGACGCCGUUUUAGUGCCACAGGAAUUGAUUUGAAUAUUGUUGUGUCCGAGCGGCCGCAUCAUCUUACUGGGAUGUCAAUUUUAACGACUCGCGGAAACAGCUUAAUAUCAAGAAUAUGAUAUUUAUUAACAGACUGAACAGGAACAACUGUUUAUCUUAACAUCAGCUCUAGCUCUCUUAUUUAACCCUUUUUUAAUACACUACAAAUAUAGCUAUGUGGGAUUAUUAGC